AUGCCUACUGUGGAGAAACCGUCAACGUCUUUUGGCUAUCACUCUGAUCCAAAUCUCUCUCGAAUCAAGCCUGUACCGCCGAUGGAGGUAAGUUAAAU